GAUAAAAGAGCACAGGUGUCGUAGCCGGGGAUCAAACCCCGGACUUUCCAUGUGUAGCCAGGCGCCUUAGACCACUCGGCCACGGCACCUCCACAAUGGUUCCGAUUAAAAACGAUAUCGGCCAUUUAGAACGAUAUCUGCCGGCGGAUACGGUAUCCGCCGGUGGAACCAAAUCCGCCGCUACACCGGCCAUAUCCAUGCCCAGUGCAGUGUGUGUGAACCACUUCUCGAUUCUGCGACAAAUAGGGUCCUACAAUGGUACUUCUUACAAGGUUUCUGUUAUUUCCUAACAAGACCACAAGAAGAUUUCCAGCUGGAAAUAAACGACACAGUUUCAUUGAUCAGGUCCGCAUCUAUGCCAGGGGAGGAGGAGGGGGGCAAGGUCAUCCCAAAUUUGGUGGGAUCGGAGGGACAGGUGGUGAUGUAUAUGUCCAAGCUUCUACAGGGGUCACUCUGAAAAAUGUGAAAUCUUCCAAAAGGGAACAACGCUAUAUUGCUGGACCAGGAGACAACAGCAAAGCCCGCAUUCUUCAAGGUGGCAAAGGAAGAGAUGUAGUUGUCAAAGUCCCUCCUGGAGUUUGUGUAACGGAUGAUAAUAAUCGGUUAUUAGGAGAUUUGAACAAUGUUGGAGAAAAGGUGUUAGUUGCUCGAGGUGGUGAAGGUGGAUAUGAAAAGAAUUUAUGGAACGGAGCUAAGGGAAGCAGAGGAAGCUUCAAACUCAUCUUGAAAUUGAUUGCUGAUGUUGGAUUUGUUGGUUUCCCUAAUGCUGGAAAGUCAACUCUUUUGAAGGCUGUUUCAAGGACUGAGCCUAAGAUAGCUGAUUAUCCAUUCACUACUAUAAGGCCACAGGUUGGAGUUGUGGAAUAUGCUGAUAAGCGUCAGAUCAGUAUGGCUGACCUUCCUGGCCUGAUAGAGGGCUCUCACCAGAAUAUGGGGAUGGGGCACCGAUUCCUCCGCCAUGUUGAGCGCACCAAACUCCUUCUCUUCGUCAUAGACAUCCAUGGCUUUCAGCUUUCACCCAGACAUGCCUACAGGAAUGCAUACCAAACGAUAAACAUCCUCAACAAGGAAUUGGAACUCUACAAGUCUGAACUUGUGGAAAAGCCAGCUAUCUUAGCACUAAACAAGGUAGAUGUGGAAGGAGCAGAUAAAUUACUCCAGGAAACAUUAGAACUCAUCCACGACGAAUCAGUGCACAAUCUGCCGGAAAAGGACACUGAGGAGAAUGAAGAACACAGAUUACCAAUUUCCUUUGAAGACAUCAUCCCAAUCUCAGCUAAACAAGGAGAAGGCCUUGAUAGAUUAAAAAGCAGAGUUCGGGAAGUGAUUGAUGAACACUAUGAAAAAGAAAGAACAAUACAAGAUUCGGAGGUUGAGGUGGGAAGGAGAAAAAAUAUUGGAGUAGUAUGAGUUAGGUGGGUGCAGCCAUCCCAUUUGGCUGGCUGUUGCAUCGUACCUGAAGAUGAGGAUGUACUAGUCCAGGGGGCGAUCAAGAAAGUAACUCAGAUCAAUGGGAGGAUCGAGGAUGGAAAGAAGGUUAAGAUCUCCCUUUCAGGGGCGGCGAUCCUGGGGGGCCGGGAGGGGCAUAGUGCCCCCAUUUUUUGAAGCACUGAAAAGAUGCCCUUUUUUACGAAAAAGGCCCCUUUCGAACGUGUACUGUGCCACUUUCAUCGGAAGAGAACCCGUUUUAGGUGUUACCAAGUGAUCUAGUCUCGUAUCAGUGACAAAUUUUAUCCAAAAAAUUCCCCUCACGAACGUGGUCUGUGCCCGUUUCACCUGAGAAGGACCCGUUUUAUGCCCGGCAUUAUCAAGUGCUCUUUUGCCAUCUUACAGCUACUUUUUCUCGUAUCAGUGCCCCUUUUUGGUUUUUACCCAAGAAAAGUGCCCCUCACAAACGUGUUCUGUGCCCCUUUCUCCUGAGAAGGACCCAUUUUAUGUCUGAGUAAGUGCUCCUUUGCCUUCUUAUAAGUUCCCUGUCUUGAAUCAUCCCCCCCCCCGCAAAAAAAAUUCUGCAUACGGCCAUGUUAAAGAUAGUGCUCUUUUCGAAAGAAAAGGUGCCCUUUUUUCCCUGUGCCCCCCCCUUUCAACUUCGCUCUGCCGCCCCUGCUCCCUAUGAUACACAUACUUGUCAGGUUUUACUGAUCACAGAUAAAAUUGGUGCUGAUAUUAAGGGUGGAAUAUUUUUACCAUGGGCAGUCCCUUUCAGAACUGAUUUCCACAAGGAUGUAUCAAAGAAUUAUCUCUGUGAUUCAGACUAGGUGAGUUUUGCAUGAAGCAGAUUAGUCAGUGGAAAUCACUGACAAAACUCUUCAUGUAAUCCUGCCAAGGUGGAGGCAAUAUCCUGUGAAGGAGAGUGGGAAGGCAUCGAUAGAACUGAUCUAUGAAUCUUCUCAACAUUGUGUGGUUUUUAAAUAGAUAUUCAUCUUGGACUUUACUCAAAGUUCUUUGAGAAUGAAUGCUGUUUGUGAAUUAGCAGUCAGGAUUUGUGAUUAAUCUUGUGUAAUCUGUAUAUUCUGUAUUGUAGGCAUGCUGUAACAACACAUGCUUUUAUAGGAAUGGGUAGUCUUAUUUAUUGUAUCUUUGAGUAUUCAAGAUUUAAAAAAAUUAUUCUUUUUCAAUAGCUAUGAAUUAUUAUUCUUUUCCCAUAUGAAUAAUAGAAAUUUAUUUUGUUUGAAUGAUCCCCAUUCCCAAGAUUCCGAGGGCACUGUUGGACAUGCUUUGGACAGCGCCAACUGCCCAUUGACACCAGCAUUAUAUGUUGCGUAAGCAGAUGCCAUGUUCUGAAUGCCCAAGCCCUGACGAUUUUCAAUUCACGUAUGCUUCGGCUGCUAUAGAAAGAUUUUGGCAUGUUGGCUGUGAAGUGACGUCAGCAGAUGUUUGGGCCCCCGGGGGGGGGGGGGGGGGGUCCACGAAAUACCCUUAAUUUUUGGUUUAAAAACUUUUCAAUUUUUUUUUGUUUUUCAAAAUUUUCCUCGGGGAAAAUGUGCCCCCUUUCCAAAAAUCCUGGAUCCGCCCCUGAACAUGCACAUACCUGUUGGUAUGCAAAUGAGGGAACUGAUGACAUCACUCACUCACUAUUUCUUUUGUAUUUCAUUAUAUGAAAUAUUCUAAUUUUCUCCCCAUUGUCCUGUGAAACAAAGUUUGAUUUCUCCCUGAGCAUGUGGAAUUACAAUUGUUUAACUUCUUAUGGUUCAUUCAAAUUCGUCCUUAUUGCCAAAUUUAUAAAAAUUGAGAUAUUGUAUAAUUCAAACAAUAAAAAACAAGAGAAAUAGUGAGUUAGGGUCAUCAUUGAUUCUCUCAUUUGCACAUGACUAAAUUGUGCAUACAACUAUUUUGUGAAAAAUAAGCGAAAUUUCAAAAUGUCAUAACUUUUUUAUUUUACAUCCAAUUUUGGUAAAAUUUUCUGCAUUAUGCUCGUCUGAUUUUUCUCUUUUGAUUCAAAUCAACUUAUUUCUGAGGUGGAGUUGACCUUUAAUAUUUUUGUCUUUUCAUUUACUUCACUGACGUUUACCAACUUUGUAUGCAUAUAUGUAAAAACUUUGAAAUGUACCAAAUAAAUAUGAGAUGUCUUGAAAA